CUCUGUGCGAAGAGAAACUCGAGACUUUUUUGGUGUUGAGAAAAAACUGUUCUCAUAUUGGAUUUAUUGAAACUGUCCAGCCAUGUGCAAAGGACUAUCUCAGCUUCCUGCAACCUGCUUAAAAGGAGCUAAAGACAUCAAGCACAAGAUCAGCCACUUACUGCAGAAGCCCGAGCCCCAGACGAGCGAGUCGAAGCAGAGCAAAGAGAAGACCACCACAGCCCCGAACAGGAGGACCCCGACUGCAGUGGAUGUGGAGAAGUGGAGGGAGUCGUUCAGUCAUCUGGUGAAAUCGGACGUGGGCCGGACGGUCUUCUCCAGUUUCCUGAAGUCAGAGUUCAGCGAGGAGAACCUAAAGUUCUGGGAGGCGUGUGAGGAGUACAAGAAGAGCCCGGCGUCGCAACUGCAGAACCGUGCCGUGAAGAUCUACCAGCAAUUUAUAGAGGCCGACGCUCCCAAUGAGGUCAACCUGGACGCAGCCACCCGGGAGCUGACCAAGCAGAACGUGGAGCGCGCCUGCCCCACGUGCUUCGACGAGGCCCAGAGGAUGAUCUACCUGCUCAUGGAGAAGGACUCGUACAGAAGGUUCCUCCACUCCAGCCUGCUCCACGACCUGUGCCCCGCCAAAGUGUCCCAGGACGGGGGGAGCGUGCCCACCGUGGCCGGGGGGGCCUAGACCACGCUCAGAGACUUUGGAAGAGACCGGGCAGCCAUCGCAAUGUAGGCAGGAGGAUGACGUAUAAUGACUUUCGUUUCAGAAUUUUCAUCUAGAUUGAGUUGGUUUUAGUAAGAUUAUUUUACUGGUUUCAAGAAAUAUCUGACUUUUGUUUUCUUUUGUUUUUUGUUUUUUUUCAUCCAAUAGCAAUUUCGCACUCAUUUUGCUGAAUAAAAAAAAAAAAAAAAUGCUGUAUAUCACAACAAGUUACGUAUAUCUUGAAAUUAGUUAAGUCAUCGAUGCUUAAAACGAAACAAAAAAAUCGAAAAUAUUCUGAAUUUUAAACGAUUUUAUCUGAAGUAAAGUGUAAAGUGUUACGAUUUUUUCAGUGUAUGGACUAUUAACAUUUAGCUAAAGCUCCACUAUGUAACUUUUCCGCUGGAGGGUCCGUCACUUCGGAGGGUCCGGUUAUUCGGACGUUAUUGCUUUGCCUGGAAUGUUCCACAGUAUGGCAUUAAACUCACCUCGGAUCACCACGCGAAGAGUUCCAUAGUGCGUUUUUAACGUCGUUUUGUGUCGUGUGUUUGUUGUUUUUUCUUACUGUUGAUUGCCUGUUUUUAUUUUUUCGCAUAUUUUUAAUAUUAUUUUAUAUGUUUUAUAUUUCGUGUGGUACAUUUGCAGUUAUUAUUGCAUACUGAUGUUGACGAUCGGACUAAAGAGGCAUUUGUAACAGAAUAAUAGUGGACCAAUGGGUGACAGUUAUGAAAUACACUCCAAAAAAGACAAUAAAAUGAAAAUACACUCAAAUAAAGUAAUAAAAAAUGUCAAAUUAAAUGUUAAAUUGUAGUGUAUUAUGUC